AUGGCAAAUAUUGGAACUGAAAGUGUGAAGAUCUUGAAACAUGGAUCAAUCAAUCGAGAAACGAAUGAAAAUGGGACACACGAAGGAUUGAAUAAGACGAAUUCGCUCGAGGAAUUCUACGCCGGUAAUGGGAUCCUUGUGACUGGAACAACCGGUUUCCUUGGAAAAGGUCUCCUGGAAAAACUGAUCUGCAUGUGUCCACGCAUCGCUGCCACUUUUAUACUAAUUCGUCCAAAAACUAACAAAACGAUAGAACAACGAUUUAAAAAGCUCAUAGAUGAUCCCAUAUAUGAUAGUAUUAAAGCAAAGAACACCGCACUUUUCAACAGAGUUUAUCCCGUAAAUGGUGACGUGAGUCUGCCAGAUUUAGGUCUUUCGCGAGAAGAUAGAAGUAUGUUGUCAGAGAAAGUAAAUAUAGUGUUUCACGCCGCGGCCACUGUGAGAUUCAACGAGCCAUUACACGUGGCUGUUAAUGUGAAUACGAAAGGUACAGAUCGUAUCAUCGAACUUUGGAACGAACUAAAGCAUCCAAUUAGCUUCGUCCACGUCAGCACAGCUUUUAGUAAUGCUAACCUACAUGAGAUUGGGGAAAAAGUUUAUACGUAAGAAUAAGUUAUACGU